AUGAGCACGAUUCAAGCACAGCCAAACUACUCUUCCGGAAACGAUCGCUUCGACAACGAAGCAGCUACAUGGGACACGAAACCGGAAGUGGUGCUUUCCUCGCGUCUUUGUCUCUCCUCGAUCCUUUCGAACCAAUCUACCUAUUUCCCUUGCCUAUCCACGGCUUCGAUUCUGGAGAUUGGGUGUGGGACAGGUCUCCUCACUGUGCCGCUUUCCCAGCAUGUCGAAUCGGUGCUGGCACUCGAUACCGCUGCAGCGAUGAUCGAUAUGCUCAAUGCUAAAAUCCUUUUGCACUCGUUGGAGAGUAAAGUCACCACAAAGGUCAAGUUACUUGAAGAUCCUAAUGACCCAUUGUUGCAAGGCAAAAAGUUUGACUUAGCGCUUAGCCAUCUGGUGUUCCAUCACGUACCGGAUAUGGGAAAGCUGGUUCAGGUAGUGUACGGCACAUUGAAGAGCGGAGGAAGGAUCUGGAUCAGCGAUUUCGAGCAUGACGGACCCCAAGCUGAAGCUUUUCAUCCCAAACACAAGCACGCGGGCGUAGAGCGACACGGUCUGGAACGCCGAGAGAUGAAAGAGAUACUCGAGACAGCCGGCUUUGACCACGUGGAAGUGUUUGAGAGUUUCAAGAUGGAUAAACAGGUGGACAGUGGGGAAACGCAAAGUUUCCCUUUCCUCGCCAUUACCGGUGUCCGACCCUGA